AGGGACAGGGAGAAGCUCAGGCGGCUGUGAGCUCCCCUGCCAGUUAUUAUCUUACAGAUCAGCCAUGUCUGGGCCUCUGAGAGAUGGCAGUCCUGUCCUGCUGUGAGUUCACUCUAUAUGCUGGAUAACAGUGCAUUGCAGAGAUUAUGUUUCGGUUCUCAGAAUCGCAGAAUGAUGAGGACACUGGACCUGUCUACGUGCGUGAGAAGGGUCAGCUGUUCCGGGCAGGGUCACAGCCCUCGCAUGUCAAGUCUCGUACCCCUCGUCUCUUCUCCAAGGGUUUUUCUGUGGAGUUGUGUGUGAAAGAAGACGAUAACUGUAAACCCAAAGAAAAGCCAUUUAUCUUCACGUACACCGAGGAGGGCAGCUUGCGCUAUUCUGCCAAGUCUCUCUUCAUCCUGGCACUGGAUCUCAUUGCUGAUAACAUCCAGCAUGUGGACUCCUUGCUGGGUUUCCCAGAACAGAUCGCAGAGAGGCUUUUCACUGCCGCUGAGUCCAGGCAACAGUUCUCCAAACCUCAUAGUGGCCUCGUGGCCCUUCGCAAAUUCACAGAGGCCUAUGGGGACCUGAUGCUGUCAUCGCUGUGUCUGCGGGGCAAGUACCUCCUAGUGUCUGAGAAGUUAGAAGAGAUUAAGUCGUUUCAGGAUCUUCGCAGUUUGGACUUGUCAUGUUGUAAUCUAGGGGAUGAUCAUGAAUUGAUGCAACAUGUUACUUCUGGCACUAUGAACAGCCUGAGAGAGCUCUACUUAAGGGAUAAUUGCCUGGCUGAUGCUGGGAUCAGGAAAAUGACAGCUCCAGUGCGGGUCCUGCACAGAGGACUAGGAUGUCUGAAGCUGCUCGAUCUUUCUUGUAACCCAGGGAUCACAGACGUUGGGCUCAAAUUCCUGUUUGUUUUUAAACAGCUCCAGUACUUGGACAUUUCUGGCACAGGUAUCCAGGAUUCCAGUGCCACACGUAAGACAAUAGAGACAAGAAUGGGAUUGUGCCUUUCUUUAAAACCGCUUUCUCAGUUUGAUCACAUAGACUGCAAGACACAGGGCUGGGCUGAACAGCUUUUGAAUCAGUGGAAUACGGUUGUUGCAUCAUCUGCUAAGCCAAAAGAAUCCCUGAAAUCCAGGACUGCAGCUCAGCAUUUUUAUGGAAAAGAAAAGGUCAAUCCUCGAGACCUGGAGACCCCUACCAUCAAGUGUUCAGUAGCCGCACAAUAUAGACCACUUCAGUUUUAUAGUCACGACAGAGGGAACAGUACAAUCCUAUCGGAACAAUUUCAAGUGAAAAGGACCCUUGACGAUAAAACCCAAGAUGUCGUCUCAUCUGCCCCUUCUGCAAAAAGACUUUGUGUGUCUCUAACUGCAGAGGACUGGGACCUUCUUAAUUCUUACUGAUCCACUUCUCAUCCUUUUCAGUCUUCA